GCGUCGGCUCCGGCAGGCAGAGAUGGUAGCUUCCCCGGACCGGAGCGCCGUGUGCCCGCUGACGGUAAAGUGUCGGUGGCGGCUCGCGGUGCUCGUUUUCUCCGUGUGUUCGCUGCCCGCGGCUACGGCCCUGGUGGAAGGUCUGUACUGCGGUAAAGAGGUCUGUUACGAUGUGCUCGGCGUCACCCGGGAGGCCUCCAAAGCGGAGAUCGCCCGUGCUUACCGGCAGCUGGCUCGCCGGUACCACCCGGACCGUUACAGGCAAGAAGAACCUGGCGAGCAGGAGUCCGCCCACGAUAAGUUCCUUCUCAUCGCGACCGCUUACGAGACGUUGAAGGACGAGGAGACACGGCGGGACUAUGACUACAUGCUGGACCACCCCGAGGAGUACUACCAGCACUACUACGCCUACUACCGCAGGCGGCUCGCCCCCAAAGUUGACGUCAGAGUCGUCAUCCUGGUCACAAUCUCUGCCAUCUCCAUCUUCCAGUUCUACAGCUGGAACAGCAGCUACAACAAAGCCAUCAACUACUUGAUGACGGUCCCCAAGUACCGAAUCCAGGCCACGGAGAUCGCUAAGCAGCAGGGCCUCCUUAACCGCACCAAGGAGAAGGGGAAGAACCGCCGCUCCAAGGAGGAGAUCCGCGAGCAGGAGGAGGAGGUGAUCCGCGACAUUAUCAAAAACAAGAUCGACAUCAAAGGAGGCUACCAGAAGCCCAACCUGUCGGACAUCCUGUUGUGUCAGAUAGUGCUGUUUCCCUACUAUCUGAGCAGCUACGUGGCCUGGUACGUCUCCUGGAUUUACCGCUUCACCGUCUGCAGGGAGGAGUACGGCGAUGAGGAGAAGCUUUACAUGAUCAGGAGGCACAUGAAGAUGUCGCAGUCUCAGUUUGACAGUCUGGAGGAAAGCACCAGACAGUCCUUCCUGGAAAAACAACUCUGGAUCAAAGACAACUAUGAGGUGUACAGAUGCGAGCAGGAGGAGGAGAUGAAGGUGAAGAUGGCGACUGAUGCCAGAAUGAAGAGGUACCGCCGCUGGAUGAAGAACGAGGGACCAGGCCGGCUGACCUUCAUGGACGACUGAUGUCUCGGAGACCCGCCCACAAACACAACAUCUGCCUCAGUGCUGACACCAGCGCACACUGUGCUGUGGAGAACAACUGUACAUAGAGUUGGAGUUUGCCUCUUUAUUUUCAUAAGAACCAGGCAUCAGAAGCAGACUGAGACGACUAAACUGUCAGCUGAUGCUUCAGAGUAAUUUUUUUUACUAAACCAAGAAUAUUUCAUCUUCCUCCAUUCUUCUUUCACUUUCUCCCCUUCUCCUGCUGGUAACAAAUUUUUAUACCAUAGUUCCUCUGAAAUAAAUAUCACAGGGCUACCAGUCAGACCCUGAACAGCCUGAAGUGUCCUUGGAUGAGGCAGCAACAAUCAGUAGGACCCUAAGGUGAUGGUUUUAAGAGCUGCUGUUUGUCUUUUAGUUCAAAACAUUUACAAAAAUGAAAGAAAUGUGACAAAAAUAUGAAAAAUGACUUGAUUUCAUGGCUGAUGUUAACAAUCUAGUCCACCUGUCUACUGGUACAAGCGUCUGCCCUCAGUCUCGUGCUGCCUUCACACCAGCUCUGAGGCUGGGAUUUCUCUGUUCUGAUCUACCCACAACUGAGAAAGUCAGGAAGAUUUCAGCAGCCUGGAAAUCCAGCACGGUGUAACCAGUGAUGCUAGCUGCAGUAAUAAACUGUUUAUUAGCAUUUCUGCCAGUCUGGUUGUGGUUGAAUCAGUCUGAUGUAACCUCCAUCUCUGAAAACAUGGCUACUGCGUAGGGCUGGGCAAUGUGUCCUAUAACCGAUGUCCCGAUACACAACAUAUAUCUCGAUGUUUUCAAAUCUCUUCUAAAACUCUGUGACUGGUGAAUCCAACAUCAUCAGCAUAGAAAGACACCAGCAGGAUUUAAGUAAACGCUGCUAAAUUUAA